UGGAAGAUGUGAAAUUACGCAAAACUUGAGGGGGCACAUCUGGGAAACCCUUGGUUGAAACGGCCACAAGAAGAAAGACAGAGAGAGAGGAGAGAGAAAUCUGGGAAUUCAAUGCGGUGUAGUUGGAUGGACUGGCCUACAGCCGACUUUUAAUUAUCAAAACUCUGUGGAGAGAAUGCCAAGAGCUCGAAGACACAGAUAAGAUUGAUCCCUUUGACGGAACGGAUAAUUUGAUUAAAAAAUCUGAUCAGUGGGGUCGGGCCGAAAUCGGGUCAGGAUGGGAUUGAUUUCUGGGAUUCUGAUGGGGACGAUCUUCGGGAUCGCAUUAAUGGCGGGUUGGCGGCGCAUGAUGAUCCAUCGGAGCAACAAGCGCGUCGCUAAGGCUGUUGAUAUCAAAUUUCUUGGGUCCCUCAGCAGAGAUGAUCUGAAGAAAAUUUGUGGUGAAAACUUUCCUGAAUGGAUUUCUUUCCCUGUCUUUGAACAGGUAAAAUGGCUGAACAAGCAAUUGAGCAAGCUGUGGCCAUUUGUUGCAGAUGCCGCAACCAUGGUAAUAAAAGAAUCUGUUGAACCACUAUUGGAAGAAUAUCGACCUCCUGGAAUUACUUCAUUGAAGUUCAGCAAAUUGUCUCUUGGAAAUGUAGCACUUGAAAUUGCAGGGAUCCGUGUUCAAAGCCUUAAGAAAGGUCAAAUUACUAUGGAUAUUGACUUCCGCUGGGGUGGUGAUCCAAGCAUUAUUUUAGGUGUUGAAGCUGCAAUGGUUGCUUCAAUACCCAUUCAGUUGAAGGAUCUUCAAGUGUUUACUGUUGUUCGUGUAAUAUUCCAACUUGCUGAAGAGAUUCCUUGCAUAUCUGCUGUUGUUGUUGCUCUGCUUUCUGAGCCAAAGCCUAGAAUUGACUAUACAUUGAAGGCAGUUGGUGGAAGUUUAACCGCCAUCCCUGGAAUUUCAGACAUGAUUGAUGAUACUGUGGAAUCAAUUGUAACAGAUAUGCUUCAAUGGCCUCAUAGGAUUGUUGUUCCUAUUGGUGGUAUACCUGUGGAUACAAGUGAACUAGAGCUUAAACCUCAAGGAAAAGUUACAGUAACAGUAGUGAAGGCAAAUGAUUUGAAGAACAUGGAGAUGAUUGGAAAAUCUGAUCCUUAUGCUGUUGUGUAUAUUCGGCCAUUAUUCAAGUUUAAAACGAAGGUUGUUGACAAUAACUUGAACCCUGUUUGGAAUCAAACAUUUGAGCUGCUGGCUGAAGACAAGGAGACACAGUCUAUAAUUUUUGAGGUUUUUGACCAAGACAUUGGGCAAGACAAACGGUUGGGAAUAGCGAAGUUACCUUUGAUUGAUCUGCAAGCCGAAACUCCAAAAGAGGUUGAUCUGAGACUCCUUCCAGCAUUUGAUAUGCUGAAAGUAAAAGACAAAAAAGAUAGAGGCACCAUUACAAUUAAGGUGCUGUAUCAUGAAUUUAGCAAGGAAGAACAAAAGGCUGCUCUUGAAGAGGAAAAGAGGAUCCUCGAAGAGAAAAAGCAAUUGAAAGCAUCAGGAGUCAUAGGUAGCACAAUGGAUGCCGUUGGUUCAGGGGUCGGGCUGGUGGGAACUGGUAUCGGUGCUGGAGUGGGGCUCGUAGGAACUGGUCUCGGUGCUGGAGUGGGGCUUGUAGGAACUGGUAUUGGUGCCGGAGCUGGGAUCGUUGGCAGUGGCUUCGGAGCUGUUGGCAGUGGCCUGAGCAAAGCUGGAAAGUUCAUGGGAAGAACCAUCACGGGGCAUCAUUCUAGCAGCUCUGCCAAGAGGAGUGGCACCAAUACUCCGGUUAACUCUGUCGAAGAAAAUGGCGGAGCAAAGCCAAUGUAGGCCUCUCUCUCUCUCUCUCUCUCUCUCAAUAAUGAACUAUGUGAAUUAGACCAUCUAUUGUUCCUUUCUUUUUAGGCUCCAUGUCUGGAAUAGAUGUUAUGAACUGUUAAUUCUUCAAAAGAACUCUAGAUUGUGAAUUGAGUUGCAUAAAUACUAAUGGUUAUCAGGUGUUAUAGCUUGAGUUGUAUUGUAUCAUCAUCCUAAAUCUAAGUAAGUUUGUAUUCCAACCU